AUGGCUGGUAGUUCUGUUCAAAUUAUUCGAGAUGGAUCUUCUAACGCUUUUCGUGAUGGCAUCAUUCUUGUAGUCAUCAACUUAGAACCGAAACAGGUAGAUGCGAAAAAAUCCCUAGCAACGAAAGGAUAUGUUCCUUUUGUAACAGUAACAAAAGUGAAGAUGAAAAUCAUUUCCUACUAGAUUGUAAGGCCUACUCUAGGAUCAGAGACGUAUUUUUCUUCAAAAAACCUAAAAUCUCUUUCACAUGAUACUUUAAUAGCUCAUCUAAUGAAUUCUUCUGAUUAUUUGAUUAACUGUCAAUUACCCGUGUGAAAUACGUCCAUGGAAUUCCAUAGAAAUCCAUGGAAAUCCAUGGAAAUCUAUGGAAAUCCAUGGAAUUCCAUGGAAAUCGAUGGAAAUCCAUGGAAUUCCAUGGAACUUCCAUGGAGUAUCCAUGGAGUAUACAUGGAGUUCCAUGGAAUGCCAUGGAGUUGCAUGGAGUAUCCAUGGAGUUCCAUGGAAUGCCAUGGAGUUCCAUGGAGUAUCCAUGGAGUUCCAUGGAAUGCCCUGGAGUUCCACGGAGUUCCAUGAAGUAGUGAUGGAGUUCCAUGGAAUGCCAUGAAAUUCCAUGGAGUUUCCGUGGAGGUCCAUGGAAUUCCAGGGAAUAUUGUAGAGUUCCAUGGAAUGCCAUGGGGUUCCCUGAAGUACCGAUGCAGUUCGAUGGAAUGCCAUAGCGUGUCUAUGGAGUUCGAUAGAAUACCAUGCAGUUUGUAUGAGAAAAUCCAUAGAAAUUCAGUAAUCAAGCAACUCAUCAACUCGUUAACCACAUGUUCAAGUCUGCACUUGUUAUUGGAUAGAAAUAUAGGAAACAUUUGAAAGCUUUCUAAAGCAAAAUAGUGCAUUUAGUUUAAAUUACACAGACAAUGCAAAAGUAUUGUUCACCGACAGGCGACGCUGAAAGUCCCAGUGUAAGAAAUUUUAUUGCUAACUAUAAAGAGGAAUGUUUUGAGUGCUUAAUAAAAAAAUGAUCCUGUUAAAAAAAAUAAGUAUAAAAAAUUGUUUUUUAGUAGGGCCGUCUGCCAUUUAUCUUUUAAAAUCAGUGUUGCAUUUAUAAUAUGAGAAGAUCACUGUUAUUAACAACAUGCAGUUGCUUCAUUGCAUUGACACCGUGCCGCUAUUCGUACAGGACCCGUACACCGACGUGUAUUUGCUAUGACACACGGGAUCAAGUCUCUACUUGAAAUUUAUAUGAAAUUUCUAAGUCUCUUGAAAUUUCUGAUCAACAAAUUUCCAUGAAAGUAUAAGUCUCUUCAACCACAGUGUUCCAUUUUUAAGGACAAAAUUUCAGUGGCAAAUUUUGAAAAGAAAAAAAAUUCGAUGUGGCAAAGUUGUGAACCGACCCAGGGGCGUAGAAUCCACAGUUCGUAGCCUAACCACUCUACCACGGAGUAGUAACUCGCUGCUAGGUGGAGUUUGAUUUUACUCAUAUAACAACAACCGUAACCCUAAUUAGAAGCUAACCGUUUCGAGUCAGUGCUUUAAUAGCCCUAAUCAGUUUAGUCGGAAUCCCGUAUGAAUAGCAAAUACAAGACGAUGUACGCCGGUCCCGUACUUAAAUAGCCAGUAGAAAAUGAUCCCACUAGGCACAUAACUCUUCUCGGUAUCUUAGUGUUUUUGGUUGAGAGCUAAGAUUUUCCCUGUUACUCGAGUCCAACCUGAUUGAUGAGAUUGCUUUGCAUGGAGUAUUUCCGCAAACCUACACGAGCAAUAUGAGAGUUUUUUUGCCGCAUCCCGUGGAUAGGCUAGUCUGCUACACAGCCGUUUUUAGUGGGGAGGAGCGUUGCGUGACGACACUAAGAACGGCUGUGUAUCAGACUAUGAAUAGGCCUGCUGCCUUUUUUCAAAGGUUCCCUCACCUGGGAGAACAAUGCAAUAUUUUCCUUUCACUGCUUUACUCUUCGACAGUGUUGGAAUAGUACAAUUAACUCUGAAAGGGACCACAAUUUAAAGCCUUUAAAGACAGAUAUCUUCACGAUCGUGCCGUGAUUUGACGCCAUGUUUGAUGCCUGAACUGGCAUCCAGGCUUCCCCGCUUAGUGACUUACGCGAUCACGUGGGGCUUUUGAACCAAUAGAAAUGCGUAGAAGAUCAGUUUUCUUGGUUCGAAUCUUUAGGCGGACUUCUCUGCAGUACGACAGUGUUGUGUAAACGGAUUGUCUUUGCAAUGAAUGCUUCAGGAAAAUAUGUUAUUUUCUGCGCAAAAUAUCACUUGUGAGGUUGCUUACAUUUGGCUUGUUUCAAAUCGACUUCGAUUGAACAAUGACUCAGCUGGAUCGUACAUUAAAGGAGGAAGGUAAGCUUAAUAUGUACACAACUCGUGUUUGGUUGCUCAACUGAUUGUCUCUGCUAGAUUUAGAAGGGUGACUUUUCGGGUGCUGUUUAUCGGUUUUAAUAUGUAGUUUUCAUCUUUUUUGUUUAUACAUAUAUGAAUGUGGUCUUUCCUGCAAAUUGCCUUUGGAAUCCUUCGGAAUAGUUACUAAUUCUGGCAGAAUUAGAAAUCGAAGACUGUACUUCGAUGGACUGCUUCGAUGUAUAAGAAGAAAUAUCAUAUUUAGGGAAAGUUCAUUUAAUAUGACAGGGGGGGGGGGGGACGAAGAUAUUGAAACUCAAAGCUUGAAAUUUUAGCAGCCCCCCCCGCUAGCUGUUCAAUUUUUUAGGAGCCCCCUCCUUGGUAGUCGAAAAAAUUUCAGAGCCCCCCCUCCUCCUUCAAUUCCUUUGCUCCCUGAAAAAGAUCGCUAGACUGUAUUAAAUAUAUUUACCGUUAUUGUCUUCAAUGGUUUAUACUAUGACAAACUUGAGAUACAGUUGUGAUACAAUUUUCUAAAGCAUUUUUGGGAUGAACAAGAGUGUAAUAAUUACUGAGACUACAUUUGUUAUAUCUGUAAACCACGUGAUAUAGCUGAGUUGCACAGGUCAUUAAAUUGUUGAGUUGAAAACCAUCCGAUCUGUAUGAUGAUGUCAUGUGUUGGUUUUGAAGUAUACAAAUUUUCGGAGCCCCCCCCUCCUAGCGCAACAAUUUUUUCAGAGCCCCCCCUUCGGGUGUCUAAAAAUUUUUGGAGCCCCCCCUCAGUAUCUUCAUCCCCCCUCCUUGUCAUUUUAAUGAACUUUCCCUUAGAAUUUUCAUGCCUGCUACGUAAAAACUGUACAAGAGACUGAUAAAUUAUAAUUGUGGCUGACGCCGUUUUUUCCCAAGGAUUAGGUAGGACUUUGCUAUAGCUAAAUACCAUGGCUCUGAUCGAAGAAAUUAGUAGCACUUCCCUACUUCAUCGCAUUAAAUAAAACCAUGUUUAAGUCUUACAUACUGACAGUUUAUGCAUUCAAGUAUUAGCUUAUUUUUUCUCUCAGUUAUGCAUCUGUUCGACUGUUACUUUUCUUAAACACCAGGCCAAGAUUCCUUGCUUUAUGUUAAAUCUAAAUUUUUCAUUUAAGCUACUUCAAUAUGAUUGCUGCAUUCUAAACUGCAAUGUAUAUAGUCACAAGUAAACAUUAAUUUGUUUUAGCUACAGCAUGUCAAAUUUUCUGCCAAAAGCAUGUUAACUUUUGAUUGAUAUCUUUAAAUUGAGAUUUAUGCGGUCCUUUUAUUGAUUAAAUAAAUUGCAGUGGACCAAAAUCUGUUAUGUAUUCCAUUUGAUUCACUGGAUAUUUUAAAUGUGUAAUUCCUGUGAAUUCCAUGAAACUCCCUGGAGAUCCAUGGAAUAAUUGAUAGAGUAGUUUCUAUGGAAUUGCAUGGAACUUUUCCAUGGAAAAUGUCGAUGCAGAAAUUUCCAUGGAAUUCCAUGGAAAUUGGUGUCCUAAUGUUUUCCACGGAAUUCCAUGGGAAAUGUCCUAAUCCUCCAUGCAAAUAUUUUCCAUGGAAAUCUAUGGAGAAAUUUCCAUGGAAUUCCAUGGAAAUUGAUGUCCUAAUCCUCCAUGGAAUUCCAUGGAGAAUUUUCCAUGGAAGGAAUUCCAUGGAGGUUUUUCACACGGGUAGUUAUUAUUUAUCUCGCAAUGAUUUGAAUUAAGAAGAAAAUUGACUCAUAUCAAUGAAUAAAUGAGAUCUGUAAUGUUUUGAAACGUUUUACAUUAAUUAGUUGAAUUACUAAUUAAAUUUAGACUAUGGUAGCUUUUGCAAUACUGUAUUACAUGUAUGGUCCUGCAAGUAAAGCGUUUGUUGCUGUGGCUGGCUUUAAGCCGACAAUUUUGAUGAGUGCUUGUGUUGUCGUUUUAGUUUCGGGAUAUGGGAGAGUUAGUUAUGGGUGAUGGGGUUGGAGAGGCCAGUGGAGACCUUUCGCUUCAUCUAAGGCUGUCCUUCGCCUCCGAGCUAAGGACUCGCAUGUCCCGUAACUCAUCUCUUGAGUCCCAGGCCUUUGUUAUGCGAGCGUCCACUAGGAAUAGAUUACUAUUACCAGUGUACCCUCGCAUAACAAAGGCCUGGGACUCAAGAGAUGAGUUAAGGGACAUGCGAGUCUGCAGGCGAGAAGGCGACAGGACUAGACCAAGAUAA